AUGUUCCGUAGGGUCAUUAUUCGGGCAGUGAGGCUCGAAAAGGACGUAUUAGAGAGCAUCGAAUGUGUGAAGGCGAAAUUUGGCGGCGUGAACGUACUAAUUAAUUCUGCUAGUAUUGUUGACUACGAAAAUAUCUAUGAUUUCAAGAACAAAAAGCCACAUUCUGCUGACCUGUACAGAUGCGUUUUCGAAACUAACGUGUGGGGUUUAUUUAACGUAACGCGCUUAAUGGUCAACUUGAUGGCAAAGAACAAACCAGAUUUAAAUCAACAAAGACGAGUCAUUAUAAAUCUUUCAAGCACGAUGGCUUAUGAACCACCACAUGGUUUAGUUGCUUAUGGCGCCAUGAAAUCCGCUGUUUCCGAUAUGACGAUCCCCUUAGCUAGAGGACUCGCGUAG